ACGGGGGAACUCGCUCCUAAUAGAGAGAGUGCCUUCCAGUUACCACUUUCUGCUCGCAGCGUUUACACGAGAGAGUCAGGGUGUGAGCCUUCCCUGCGGUUAGUGAAGCGACGAGCGUUUUGUGCUUUCGCCGCAUCACACUUUCCUCCACUCGCAUGUAAAGGGAACAGGCGUGUGCGAUUUUUUGUAUUCGCUUUUCCCCACAGAAAAAAAAGGACGCUCACAAAAGCAACGUGAACUUGGUUGCAACAUCAACUGCUGUAGAUCGAAGAAGGUCUUCUGCGUGGAUUAGGACGCAUCUGCCCAGUAGCUUCGCUGGGUAAGAUCAUGCCAUGUGGAGACAUGAGCAGACUAAGGAGGAUGUGAAGAUGUCCCAGACCACUGCUAAAACAUGGUGCCUUAGACUUCUCCCUGUUCUCGUGUUCUUCAUCUCCUUUGUCAUAUACUACUACUUCUACGCCAUACUCCGGAGUUUUGGCGGUCCCAGUAAGAAUCUGAGCAGUAGCAAGUCGCUGUGUGGAGGCUGGCUAACUCAAAAAAAGUGGGAGAGCCUUAACUUUAACAUCAGCAGACAGACGCAGCUUUUUCUGAAACUGGAGGAUUUCUUCUGGCGAGAGCAUCUUUCCACGCUGCCUUUACCUUAUGGCAUUAAAGGCAGUGAGUUGCUGCUACUCAAAGUUCUUGCCAUUUCUUCCAAUUACCAUGUGCCAGCCAAAAUUGAAAACCUUGGGUGCAGAACCUGUGCAGUUAUUGGCAAUGGAUUUGCCAUUAAAAACAGCUCCUUGGGAAGCAUCAUCAAUAAACAUGAUGUUGUCAUUAGGUUGAAUGAUGCUCCUGUAAGAGGCUACGAGGAGGACGUAGGAAACAAGACCACCAUGAGGUUCUUCUACCCUGAGUCCGCCUCCUACAACCCUGCGUUGCAUAACGACCCGGACACACUCAUGGUCCUAGUGCCUUUCAAACAACAAGACCUACGGUGGCUCAAAGAGAUAAUCUAUGAUGAAAAAAGGGUUAGAAAAGGUUUCUGGAAACCCCCGCCCCAAAUCUGGUUGGGUGACGUAAGCAAAAUCCGAGUGCUGGACCCCCAUUUUCUGCUCCAGACAGCAGAUAAACUUCUCAAGAUUCUUUCUUCUCAAAAGGAAAAACAGGUUUCUGUUCACCCUACUACUGGUAUUCUUGCUGUCUAUGUUGCGCUUAACUACUGUGAUGUGGUCCACAUUGCUGGAUUUGGAUAUCCCAGUUCAAAUAAUCCGCGGCAACUCAUCCACUACUAUGGAUACGAUACUAUGAAAUCCAUGAAGAAUUCCUACCAUGAUCUCAACCAUGAAGCCAAAGCCUUAAAAAAGCUGGAGGAUUCGGGAGCCAUUUUUUACUUACACCCACAUUUAUGAUAAUGCUUUUCCAAGUAAAGUCACAUUUCUGAUAACAUUUAUCACAAAUAUAGAUCUUUGGAUCUUAAUUUGACAAAGUGCCUUUUGGGAAUCUUUGCACUCUAAAUCUCUCCCUGAUACUUUGCCUAUUAAAGGUUUCACUCAGGCUC